AUAAAUAGACAUAAUCACUUCUCCAAAGCCAAGAGACAAACAAAAGCCUAGAUCUAGCUAGAAACCUAACGCUGCUGACACCUCGUUGAACUGCCAUGUCCAUCCAUCACGUCGCCUCAACUGAGCCAAGAAGAGGAAGCAAGCUGAGAGGCUUCAAUCUUAAAACGCUAGAGCUGCUUCCCCUCGCCUCAAGGAGUCAAUGGUUAAAAAGCAAAACUGAUCAGACUUGCACCGCAAGUCACUAAACCAUGGACCGUCAUCAAAACCCCUACAUCCCUACUUGUUAGGCCAUUGGCCUUCACCUUAGUUACCGCGGUUAGCCUAGAUCCUUGCCAUGGACGAGUUACAAGGAGGUGAAUCAAGCCUCUUGCGUGUCACGCUACUCAAUCCUGAAAUCGUAGCUUCACUCCCAUCCUGAACCACCGUGAUAUUACUCUAAUCGGCCAUCAUUGCUGAUGGGACAACACCCUUCGCGUCUUCUCCAUAUGAAAAUUCCCCAUCUUAUAAUUCGUCUCUUAAGCGAAGGUUCAACAUCGCAAGACGCAAGCCAUACCUCAUAUCGUUCUUUCUUUGAUAAAUAUAUCGGAAAUUUCUCAAGCUUUACUCUAGUAUUCUUCAGCCAUGACCGCUAAGAAAGCUGUGUUGCAAUUGAGUGUCCACGAUGAGAGAAUCAGGAAGAAAGCGUUUGUGACCGUCUCUCGAUCUCAAGGGGUAACUUCGAUAACAAUGGAUGACAAAACAGGGAAAAUGACAGUAGUUGGAGAAGUUGAUACACCGGUUCUCGUGAUGAAGCUAAGGAAACUGUGUAAUGCAGAAAUCGUUUCGGUUGAAGUUGUUAAACCACCUGAGAAAAAGCCUGAACCGGCGAAACCGGCUCCAGCUAAACCUGAUACGGUUAAACCGGCAGAAAUUGUUGCCUUUCCAGUUACGCAUAUGAACUACCCGUACCAAUAUCAUUCUUCCUUUGCGAAUUCGCACUAUCAGCCAUACGGGAAUUCUAGAGUUGUGGUGGAGGAACCAAACACUUGUGUGCUUAUGUGAUUUAAUACAAUUACUUUUAAAAUAAUGUUAGUUGUUUAAUACUUAGUUUUGAUGGGAGAGUGUAUUUUUGGGGUACUGUAUAAUGUACAUUACUCCCGUGAGCUCAUUCGAGGGAAACAAAUCUUUUAUGUAUGAUAAAGUUGCUUUGUUCACUUUUUACUUCGAAAUAACUAGUCUUUUUCCUCGCA